GGAGCCGGCCGAGCCAUGAUCGAGGUGCUGGCCAAGCUGGGCCGCGGGCCCGUGUUCCUGGCCGGGGAGCUGCUCGAGUGCGUGAUCACCUUCACCAACCCCUUGUCGGCCUCGUCCACCUCCGCCAGCAGCGAGAUGCUGGCGUGGGCCAGCGCCCAGAUCCACUGCCAGUUCCACGCGAGCGAGGGCCGCGUGGCGCUGCCCCCCUCGGCUGGCGGCAAGCCCGACGUGCAGGCUGAGAACGAGACCGUCUUCGUCCCCAACAGAGGAGAGCGGGGCCAGUGCAUCCUGUCCACGCCACCAAAGAUUCUCUUCUGCGAUUUGCGCCUGGAUCCUGGCGAGUCAAAGUCCUAUUCCUACUGUGAGACGCUGCCCGUAGACGGCCCCCCCUCGUUCCGGGGCCAGUCGGUGAAGUACGUGUACAAGCUGACCAUCGGCUGCCAGCGGGUCAACUCCCCCAUCAAGCUGCUGCGCGUGCCUUUCCGCGUCCUCGUCCUGCACGGCCUCAAGGAUUACCAGUUCCCGCAGGAUGAGGCCGUUGCUCCCUCCAACCCCUUCCUGGAGGAGGAGGAGGGCCUGAAGAAGGACUCGCGCCUGGCGGACCUGGCGACGGAGCUGCUCAUGGUGGCCACCUCCCGGCGCAGCUUGCACCUGUAUAACAUCAGCAACACUCGUGGGAAGGUGGGCACCUUCUGCAUCUUUAAGACAGUGUAUAAGAUUGGAGAGGACGUCAUCGGGACGUUUAACUUCUCAGAAGGCGACAUCCCGUGUCUGCAGUACUCGGUGAGCCUGCAGACGGAGGAGAGCAUCCAGGAGGAGUUCCAGCGGCGCCGGGGGCAGCCCGUCUCCUACAGCACGCACGCCCGCCAUCAGGAGGCCUGCCUGCACACGGCGCAGAGCAGCUUCAGCCUGCCCGUCCCGCUGGGCUCCACGCCGGGCUUCUCCACCAACAUCGUGUCCCUCAAGUGGAGGCUGCACUUCGAGUUUGUGACCUCGGGGGAAUCUGCGGGGACUUGCGUGGUGCGUGGUGGCCAGUCGGAGGCCGUCACCUGGACAGGCGUGGAGCAGAUCAACGUGGACACUUUCAGCUGGGACUUGCCCAUCAAAGUGCUUCCCACCAACCCCAUCCUGGCCUCCUACGUGUCUCAGUUCUCCAGCACCAACUCCAUCAGCAUCUAAGAGCGGGCAGGGCCGGUAGGAGCCUGCCGCGCUGCAGGCGGGUGCGGAUGGUGGCAGGACUGUAACCCACGGGCUGCGUGUGCCCUGCCCGCCCGUGGGCAGAGCAGCUCCCCGCUGGCUGCGGUGCCCGAGCAGCAGCCUGGCGGCUGGGAGCCCCGCGCCGGCUCCCCCCUCACCGGGGCAUCGCGGGAAAGAGACCUGCCCGCCGGGAACGGCCCCACGUGCCUUCAGCCCUCGCGGGCCCUCCACGAGAGAGCGGCCCGGCCCGAGGAGAGGAGAGCAGAGCUCCCCUGGUGAAGCCUCGGAGCAGCCCUGCGUGACGCCCGUGUCCCUGCGUGACGCCCGUGUCCUUGCUGCGGGACCCCACGAGCUGGGCUCUCGUUUCCAGGUGGUCCGUGCUUGCCACC